AAGAGGAUACCCAAGGGAAGCAUUAAGUAAGAUCAUGCUAACAACGCACAUCUACUUUCUUCAUCCAUAAAAAUCUCUCAGCCACAAGGGAGAGUUAGCAGCAACAUAAGAUUGAGAACGUCCCUGAUUAAUUAAUGACAGUAACAGCAAUCCAAAAAGCUCAUUUGUUAAGCGCUUCUCUUGACAUGCAGCAGUUUCCAAUCUGACAGAAGGGAUAUUGCAUUAAGAAUUGGAGAGACCAACCAUUUGAAGCAUGGCAGGCAGGUGGCCUAGUAAUCGCAGAAAUGAGGUCUUUAGCUUCCAAUCCAAAGAUGAUCUUGCUGCUCAUACUUUCCAUAGCUCAUUAAGCAUCCAGAUUUAAAAGCUUCCAAUUCACUUCUUACAAAGGAGAAGGCUCUUCGGCUGUGGAGAAGAACAAUGCCAUAAUCAUUCCUCAAAAUCCAAUAAACACCUGCAAUAGCACUGUUCUUAUCCCAAGCAACACCAAUAUCACAUUUAUGCCAACCCGAAAUUGGUAGAGCUAGGCCAACAAUUAUCAGCCGGGAAGUCAGUCGGAAUCAAUUGCUUGAGAGGAAGACAAUUCCAGCACAUCAAGUGCUUCUAAGGCUAAGUUUUUUAAAGAAUAAAACACAGACUAAAUUUAAGCAGAUUUGGAUUCUUUAGCAUAUCUUGUAGUUCACGUUCUUGUAGCUAGCCAAAUAUGUAACGCACUCCCCAAAGAGUCGUCUCCCAUUCGUUGAAUUGAUAGGAGUCUGGUGCGCCCUAUCAAUUGUUUGAUCAGACGUUAAUAUUAGUGUUUGUCAUAUUUUUCUUACACUUAUAUAUAAUAAUAAAGUCAUCCUGGAAAAUUCAUUUUUUUCUAGAGGAGUCAAGCUCAUCUACUGUGUGUUGUCCGUAAGUAAAGUGCAUGUGUGUUAUAUACAUUAUAUACAAACAAUAACAAUGUUAGACAAAUUGAGCUUAGUUAUGUUAAUUUUUUUAAAAAAAAAAUUGUGUUUGUAUUUCUUAGCUGUUAAGAAAAUAUAUUUGCAAAUAAAGGUAUUUUUUCAGUUAGUCUUCUGUGCUUUGAUUUUUUACUAUAUCAUCCGAUUUGUGUGAACUUUUACCUUCGUCAUCACGGUAAGUAGGUCUUCGAUUUUUUUUUCCCAAAUUUAAAUAAAAAGUAGUAUUUAGCAAAGUUUGAUUUAUAAAUCGUGCGAUAUUUUUCAUGUGCUCUUCUUUCAGGUUUUAUAUCCCGAUGAUUUCUAAAUCCAAAAGCAGCAUUGGUUUAUUCUUGAAUCGAAGAUUUCACAUUGAUCUGUUGAUUUUAACUAAAAAUGACAUAUUUUAUCAUCCCUAUGAUAUUUUCCAACCAUGGUGAUAUAUAUCAUAUAAUAAGAAGGAGUCUUCCAGGUAGUAGUGGUUCCCACGUUCGACCGUCCUCCUAACCUAUCUUUCUUGAUCGCCACUCACUCUACGUGUAUACCUUGGUCUUUUAUUUUAUCUUAAUUAAGUAAACCAAGUUUUUUCACGAGCCAUGAUAAAUCACAUAUCACCCCUUCUGCAUAUCACGCAUUGACAUUGCAGACUAAAAAACCCUAACCGGAGAAGACGAAGAAGAAGAAGAAACCGUGUGUACAAAUUGUUCGAUUUAACGUGGCUGUGAAGGAGAGAUAGCGCGAGUGAGAAGACGCGGCAAGCCCGAACUUUCGCGGUUCGGCAGCUCCGCGUCGGUAAGUCGAGUCGUUUCGGAGCUAUCUCGUUGCUUCUCGACCGAAAACAACAUGGCGGAUCAGGCAAACAACCAGCAAGCCAUGGACAUUGGUCCCCCGACCAAUAUAUGCCACGUGGCUCACGUGACAUACGAUCGCUUCGAUGGCUUCCUCGGUCUUCCUUCUGAAUUCGAGCCCGACGUUCCCAAAAAGGCCCCCAGUGCAAGUGCAACAGUGUUUGGGGUUUCUACAGAGUCAAUGCAGCUAUCGUACGACUCUAGAGGGAACUGUGUUCCGAUCAUACUGUCGCUACUACAAAGACGACUAUACGAUCAAGGAGGUCUGAAAGUUGAAGGCAUUUUCAGAAUCACGGGAGAUAACAGCGAGGAAGAGUUUGUAAGAGAAGAGUUAAACAAAGGAGUUGUACCAGAGGGCAUAGAUGUCCACUGUCUUUCCGGACUUAUCAAGGCUUGGUUCAGAGAGUUACCGAGAGGAAUACUUGAUUCUCUGCCGUCUGAGCAAGUGAUGCAGUGUGAGUCAGAGGAGGAUUUUGUCAAGGUUGUGAGACUUUUACCGCAAGCGGAAGCUUCUCUUUUGAAUUGGGCAGUCAAUCUGAUGGCUGAUAUUGUAGAGCAUGAAGAUGUCAACAAGAUGACCACACGUAACCUUGCUUUGGUCUUUGCGCCAAAUAUGUCUAAGAUGGCAGAUCCUCUAACAGCGUUGAUGUACGCCGUCCAAGUUAUGCACUUGCUGAAGAACCUCACAGAGAAAACACUCAGAGAGAGGAAAGUUGCAUCUUCCCAAAUCGUUCCUUGUGAUGACAGUGAAGCUGAUGUGGAAGAAUGCAAUCAAGAAGAAGAAGAAAAAGGUGUUGAUGAUGUGAACAAGGAAGAGGAGAUCAUCAAGGUGGAAGAUGAAGUCAAACCAUCAAAUGGUUUGGAUUUCGAUAAGGAAAAGAGAGAGAAAACAUGAAGACAGAUGUUGCAG